UUCAUUUUCUCUCCACGUGCGGUUGUUUUCUGAAGGCUACUGGUCCGAAAUUUCCACAUAAAUAUUUUGCAGCGUAUAGCCUACUUAUAUUUAUACAUUUAUUUGAGCAGGCUACUGUACGUGUUUCUCGGCAACUGAUUUGAAAGUAUCAAACAGGUCUGAGGUGGUUAUAACACAAGAAAUGGAAAAGAAGAGUAAAUCCUCCAAACAAUAUGGGUCUUUGGAACCAAACCGAUUGGACAGAGAAACCGAGAACGCGCAGGAAGAAAUUGUCUCAAUGGCAGACUCCACCAUCACAUUGGAUGAAAUCGAAGGGGAACUUUUCAAAAUUGAGCGGAUGCGUGAUGUUUUGGUACGGAGGGAAUCAGAACUAAGAUACAUGAUGGAUGACAUACAGCUUUGCAAGGAAAUCACAAGACUGAAAAAACAACUUCAAAAGCUGGUAUCGGUUCCAGACAUGGACAAAUCCAAAGAGGACUGGCAAAGGGAGGAGGAGCUACUGCAGCAAAUCCACAAGCUGGUGGAGACCAGGGAUUUCCUGGUGGAUGAUGUAGAGUUUGAGAGGCUCAGGGAGAGAGAGGAGGACAAAGAAAUGGCUGACUUCUUAAAGUCUAAUUUUCCCAAGAACUCAACCAAAAAAAACAACACAGAAGACCGCAGAAUGACCUCAAAAGCACAGCAGACUUCAUCCACUCCCUUCGCCGCAAAACCUGGCCUCACCCUUCUGAAGGAGUGCUGCGGUUUCACAUGCUCUAUCCUGUAGUUUCCCUGCUUCAUAGAGGGAGACAGACACUUUGUUGGUGUCUGUAUGUGUGUUGACUGGGCAGACAGGGCUCUCAUAUUUUGGGAGGUCUGGGAAUUUGUUUCCAUCCAGUCAUUUAUAACUGCUUUAAUUUCCUGAUUGGGUAUAGCUUAUUUGAGUCAGUUGUUUCCAUACAACAAGACCUCUUCAAUAUCACCACUCAAAAUGAAUUACCAUUCUACAACCAUGGUUUGUUUCCAAAAACCAGCAACAGUACUCCCAUUUAGACAGAGAAAAUAACAACAGGACCUCUGAGUUUUGUGGUUGUGCAACUUUGAUAUUCUAAAAUGUAUCUACUAAUUGUAUGUCUCUCUGUAUAAGAGCCUCUGCAAAAUAGUUAAAAUGUAAAUGUCUUCGGUCUCAUAUAUAUUUUUCUUAUCCGUAGCUAAUUGAUAUGGCUGGUAUAUAUUGCUGUUUUUAAAACCUCUUGUGUGAUUUCAUUGUGUGAGCGACCAUGUUUAUAAGCUCUGCAGAUAGUCAUUAAGCACCAAGUCAAUUCCAAUUGUCUUAUCUAAUGGACGUAAUUAGUGUCACUAUGACUGUGCAGUUAUCCUUCUGUAAUGCAUGAGUGUUGAACACAUCAUUCCCUCUUGCAUUGUCUAUACUGGCAUGACUGGCAAACUAUACUCACUGCUUACCCUUGCUAAAGGCCACUGUUUGCAUGACUCCCAUGCUACAGUAGGUGAGAAAACAUAUCUGUAAGUCAGUUGUCUCCAUGGUGAUUCAUACCUUGUCAUACAGAAACUCAC